AAUUGAACACUAAUGGAGUUGUUGGUGUUAUACGAGGUUUCAAAACUUAAACCUCACUUCUGAUUUUUUUUUUCUCAUUACAUCACUGAAGAUGUUUCUCCGACGAACCACCGUACUUUUAUUCAAAAACAACCUCACCGUUCCACCACUCCGCCGCCACCUCUCAAACCCCAUUUCACCGGUAAACCAAGACGAUCUCCUCCGAGUCUGCACCAUUCUCUACCAACAACAAAACUCGCCCGAGUCACGUCUCCACUCAAAACUCACCUCUUCCAACUUCCAUCUCACCCACGAAUUCUUCCUCCAAGUCUGCAACAGUUUCCCUUAUUCAUGGCGACCCGUUUACCGCUUCUUCCUUUUCACGCAACAACAGCAAGAGAAAAACCCAACUUUCACUCACUCCUCUGUUUCCUUCAACAAAAUGCUCGAUGUUGUUUCGAAGUCUCGCAACAUUGAUCUCUUCUGGAGCCUUGUUAACGAAACGGCGACUCGUCGUUUGGCCAACGAUAGGACCUUUGUGAUUGCUUUGAAGACUCUUGGUGGUGCUAGAGAGUUGAAAAAGUGUUUGGAGUUUUUCCACUUGAUGAAUUGUAAUGGGUAUGGUUAUAGUCUUGAGAGAUUGAAUAAAGUUGUUGAUGAAAUGUGUAGGGUUAAGCUUGUUGAGGAAGCAAAGUUUGUUGUUUUCAAGUUGAAAGAUUGGAUUAAGCCCGAUGGUGUUAGUUAUAAGCAUUUGAUUAGUGGGUUUUGUGAAAAGGGUGAUUUGAUUGAAGCUUCCAAGAUAUGGAAUUUGAUGGUGGAUGAAGGUUUUGUUCCUGAUGUUGAUGCUGUUGAGAAAUUUAUGGAGACGUUUUUCAAGGUUAAUCAAUUUGGCGAGGCUUUGAAGCUUUUUGAAACAAUGAGGUUGAAGAGAAUGGAUGAACUUGAUGUUUCAACUUAUAGGCUUGUGAUUAAGUGGUUGUGUAAAAAGGGGAUGGUGAAUCGUGCUAAUGAAGUGUUUGAUGAAAUGUGCGAGAGAGGUAUUCGGGCUGAUAGUUUGACGUUGGGAUAUGUUGUGUAUGGGCUUCUAGCAAAACAUAGAGUUAGAGAGGCUUAUCAAGUUGUAGAGAAGAUUGAUGUUGUUGAUAUAAGUGUUUACCAUGGGUUGAUAAAAGGGCUUUUGAAGUUGAGAAGAGCAAGUGAAGCAACUCAAGUCUUUAGGGAGAUGAUAAAGAGAGGCUGCGAACCGAAUAUGCAUACCUAUAUAAUGUUGUUGCAGGGUCAUUUGGGGAGGAGAGGAAGGAAAGGGACUGAUCCUCUUGUGAAUUUUGAUACUAUUUUUGUUGGUGGCUUGGUGAAAGCUGGACAUUCGAAGGAAGCUACUAAGUAUGUGGAGAGGGUGAUGGAUAGAGGGAUGGAGGUGCCGAGGUUUGAUUAUAACAAAUUUUUGUAUUACUUUUCGAACGAGGAAGGUGCGGUAAUGUUUGUGGAUGUAGCGAAAAAGUUGCGGGAAGUAGGGUUGAUUGAUUUGGCAGACAUACUUGAGAGAUAUGGACAGAAGAUGGCAACUAGAGAUAGGAGGAGGAAUAGAUUUCCAGUAGUUGAAGAUACUAAUGUAUGAUAAACAACCCAUGUAAGUAUUUUGUAGAUUGAUGUAAAAAAAACUAAAGUUGGUUAGAAAUGAAGUAUUUGAUUUAUGAAAUGUCAGCAUUUUCCCUCA